GCUCGGCUCUCCCGGCCGGGUCGUGUCAGCGCAGCCACCUGCUCUGCUCCGGAGAGCGACCUGGGAGGGUUUUAAACUCCAUAUAUUUGUAAUUUUACAGAAAGAGGCCUUUAUUCGGCAGGUAAGCUCGGCUCCGUUUGGGUCUGUAUUUGUUUGCUGCGUGUCGUUAGCAUCAGUGUGGAGCGCUGGUUCUGCGUUAGCAGCAGCAGCAGCAGCAGCAGCUCUCAGCUCCGGUCACCGCAGAGAGAACCGGCAGCUAAACACAACAGAGAUCAGCACAGCAACAGCACAGAGAGGACAGCCAGCUGCACUGGCCUGCACUGCAGGAGUAAUACACACAGAUGAUGAAUGCUGAUUUGGAGGCUCCUCUCUCUGCUGGAAGCUGCAGUGCUGCUAUUCAGUGCAGGGAUGUGUGUCGCUCGUACGGGAAGCUGAAAGUGCUCAGCAGCCUCAACCUGACUGUCCCACAGGGCCAGAUUUAUGGGCUGCUUGGCCCCAGUGGUUGUGGGAAGACGACGUUGCUGAAGUGCAUUGUGGGAACUCUGAAGAUUUCAAGAGGGCACAUCAGUGUUCUGGGGAAACCACCAGCAUUCCCUGGACAUGAGGUGCCAGGAAGGAUGGUUGGAUACAUGCCACAGGACAUUGCUCUGUAUAGUGAGUUCACUAUCAGCAACACGCUUUGGUUCUAUGGACGCAUCCACGGCCUCUCGUCCAAAGAGACAGAGGACAGGAUGAACUUCCUCAUCAACUUCCUGGACCUGCCGCAGAAGAACAGCCUGGUCAGAAACCUCAGUGGAGGUCAGCGCCGUCGUGUCUCUCUUGGUGCUGCUCUUCUUCAGAAUCCUCAGCUCCUCAUCCUUGAUGAGCCCACAGUGGGAGUGGACCCCGUUCUGCGGGCCAAAAUAUGGCAGCACCUGGUGGAGAUCGUUAGAGGUGGACAGGUGUCCGUCAUCAUCACUACACAUUACAUUGAGGAGGCCAGACAAGCCAACACGGUUGGGUUGAUGAGGAAUGGGAGACUGCUAGCUGAAGCCAAUCCAGAGGCAGUCAUGAAGCAGCACAACGCAGCGACCCUGGAGAGUGCUUUUCUACAGCUAUGUGAGGACUCUGACCAAAUGGGGUCCAAGGACAGCCCUGAGGGUCCAGCCCACACUAACAGCCCAUCUCCGGACAGCCUGAGGGACGAGAGCAGAGAACUCCUGGGGAAGAAUCUUUCCAGAGCUACCGACAUUCCUAAACUGAAAGCGGACUGGAAGGUGAAAGCACGACAUGUCAUCCCAAAAUGGCGAAACAUUGCUGCUUUGACGAUCAAAACGAUGGUGCGGAUGAGGAGAAAUCCAGGUUCCCUGUGUUUCCAAUUUCUCCUGCCUGUGAUUCAGAUCUGUCUGAUGUGUUUGUGUAUCGGAGGUGACCCAAAGGGGAUUGAGGUCGCCGUGGUCAAUAACGAAACGAGCUCCAGCGCUUACAGCCACUCUCUUCUCUCUUUCCUCGACAACACCAGCAUCAUCCAGGUGAAUAUGUCUCAUAAUGAGGCUUUUGACAGGAUCCGUAAUGGAGAGUACUGGGGGGUCAUAGAGUUCGGCCAGAACUUCACCAGCUACCUGACCAAGAGAAUGUUGCAGCCCAGGGUGUCGAGAGAGGUUGUUGAAGGAGGAUCCGUCCACAUCUGGCUGGACUUGACAAAUCGACAAAUAGCAAUAAUGCUACAAAAGAAGCUCCAUGAAGCAUUUCAGGCGUUUGUUGAAAGCAAGAUGGGCAGUCUGGCUUACCUGGUGGCUGUCCCUGUUAAGUUUGAGGAGCCCAUAUACGGCAGUCAGAACACAGAUUUCACUACGUUUGUGACCCCAGGGGCAGUCCUGAGUAUCACCUUUUACCUGGCGGUGGGACUGACCGCUCUGUCUUUUGUGUUGGAGCGAAAGGAGGGGCUGAUGGACAGGUGCUGGGUGGCAGGUGUGAGUUCUCUGGAAACCAUGCUCGCUCAUUUGUUCUCUCAGCUGCUGGUCAUCAGUGUCCAGAUCAUUCUCCUCUUGCUCUUUAUCCUCCUCGUUUUCAAAAUUCCAAAUGAGGGCUCUCUGGCUUUAGUGGUCACUCUGAUCGUCCUGCAGGGAGUGACUGGAAUCUCCUUUGGAUUGGUCAUCUCUUCGGCCAUUGAUGAUGAACAGUCAGCCAAUCAGGCAGCUCUGGGCAUCUUCUACCCCAAUCUCAUCAUCAGCGGUGUUAUCUGGCCGGUGGAGUGUAUUCCGUAUCCUCUGAGGUAUCUGAGUCUGGCUCUGCCUCAGACGUACGCCUCCGAGGCUCUACGCUGCAUAAUGUACAGAGGUUGGGGCCUUUCCCGGAUGAUGGUGUGGCGGGGAUUCGCCGUGACUCUCGGCUGGAACACGUUCUUCCUCAUCCUGGCCACCAUCAUCCUCAAGCUGAGAACGUGAAGGGGCCUCCGGGCAAGGAAGGCACUUCAGGUCAGGGAGAGAGGUGUCCAGCCAGACUGGAUCUUUGUCUUCUUUUAGAAUAGACACUGAGUGGAUAUCUCAAGUUCCUGCAAAGUGGAUAAAUGACUCCUUGGGCUACCAAUCAGAAUGCUCAUCUCACUUCAACACAGACAGACGCAUCAGAGUAGCCAAUCAGGUCCUUUUUCCCAAGGACCAGAGCCACUAACCUCAGGGAACCCCUCAGCAUUGAGACCUUCUCGCCAAUCAUCAGUAUUCCAGCAUGGAAAAAGUGUUAUAACGCUGUGAACUCAUUGCCAUUCAUUGUUUUGAUACAUUUGACACGGAUGUCCUCGUUAGAAGAACAUCUGCGGGAUGAUCUGAGGAGCAGAUGGACAAAAUCAACUGCACAACAGGAUUUAUUUGUUUCCUCUCAGAGGAAGUUGGGGUCACGGAUCACUGGGGGCUGCUCUUUCAGAUCUCACACUCCCACUUGUGGAUCCAUCUGUUUGUAAGUUCCCUCAGAGGCUCCUGGAAGUCACUUUUGGGAUCCGAUCUGGAUGCUUUUGGCCUUUUUCAGUCUUUUGUAUGAAUGUAGAGAUAUCUAUUGGAACUCUAAGCAUUGUUAUUCUGUCAAAUGUAACCCUUAGAUUUUGGAGAGGGGUAUUUACUGCAUGCUGGAACACGCAAAAUGGAAGAGAGGGUGGCUCCAAAUGGGUGAGGCAUAACCAGACCCGGCGUUGAGGGUCAGCCAGUCAUCAUGUCCCACUAAACCCAUAAAUGAAGCAGUCAAAAUGAAACUAAGCAGAAAACAAAUCUGCUACAAAAAAAUCGCUUAUCAGAAAACAAACCCGAGCCCAAUCUUGUGCAUGAAAAAUCAGCCCACAACCCUAAAUUUUGUCGGGCAGCAGACCUGUAGUCUCUGUAAUUGUAAUUGUGCCUGGUAAACCAACAGUAGAGGGGAUUAGCCAAUGUGACUUCCAUCUCCAUUUUCUUUAUUAUUAAUUUACAAAGUAGCUCAAUAACUGAUUGUGUCUUAUAUAUAGUCAUUCAUUGAUCAUUUUUUUUUAUAUGUUAGUUUUACAUUUUUAACAAUGUUUUUUUCUGCCUUCCCCCUCAUGCUGGACAAAGAGGGCGCUGUUUUGCCAAUAACCAGAAUGCCUAUUCAAAAAGGUCCACCUCUUAAGGAUUUCUGCUCAUGUGACACUUUUUUUGGAUGUCUUUUUUUAUAGUUUACAUCUAAGGGGAGGUCACGCUCCAGGGACCAUGAACUGAAAAAAUAUAUUUGUUCAUUUAUGUUUACAUUGCAUGAUUAGCAGGCCCGGCCAAACCUGUGAUCAGUAUGUACUGAAAAUCAGAUAUAUGAUUUUUUUAAUUAUGUAAAUUGCUAUUAUGUUGUGCUGAAAUGGAAGAAAAGCAAUGCAUGAAUUCUGAUGUUUACCAGGCCUGCUUAUGCAAAGAAAGCCAGCAUGGUGAUAUUUGGAAGGUUUGUGACAAAUAGCACCAGCUGCAAUCCGUACUGUACUCUAAGACUGUAUGUUGCAGGAGAAAUAUUAUUGCUGUCCUAUCAUAACCUGUGUUUUACUUAAUUUGAAAUAUCCUGGUUGAUAAA